AUGGAAUUCUUCCGGCGGACGUUUCAUGACAUCAAGCUCCGUUUACAUGUUUCAAAAGUUUGCUCCGAAGCAAGCAAAGCCCCCGCCGUACCGCCGACGGAAUGUAUGGAGUUGGCGGAGGCACAUCCACACUUAGUUGCAUCUGUUAUCGGUGACGGCCUUGGUAGAACUUCUGGAGCGCAUUUAUAUGGAUAUUUGGUGUUGUUAGAAGGGCUUGUCAACUCCUGCAGCUCCUCCUUCCAUAGCGCCAUGGCUCAAGACUGCGUUUUGCAGGAAAAUUUAGUUUCAUUAGCGAUUGGCCGUGCGGAGGGAUCAGAGCGGCGUCGGUCCCGGCAUCUUGCAAGGUUGACAUUGUUGGAGUACUCUCGCAUGUUUGCUGACGAACCGGAACUUCAGUCACUUGCGGUACUUGCUCGUAAAGUUGAACAGCGCACUGGCCGUCACCUUCUGCGUGCGAUUGUUCUCGAAAACAAAUCAGUUCGUUUCGUGGAUCCCAGGCCUCAGGAUAUUGUAGUGUAUAGUCCCACAGAAAGUACGGUGGGUACUGCCGCCUCAGCAGAUGGGCCAGCAGCAUGGCCCUGUCCAAUUUGUACAUCAGUUAACCGCAGUACAGAUGAGACAUGUCUUGCAUGUGGUGCGGCGAGGUAUAGGAAUAGUAACACAUUUCCACUUGGGAAUAAAAGUGCUGUGGUGAACGGCCAGAAGGAAAAGCACACGUGUAGUGAUGAUGGAGGUGAAGUCAAUAAUUCAGUGGCUUGUCCAAGUGUUAGUGUGGAGGGAGGUGGGGUGUCUCACGUGUGA